CCCUGUAGGAGCGUUUCUCUCUCUUCUGAGUGCUCUCUCUCUUUUUUUUGAGUCUUUCCUCCCAUGAGUUUGCCUCUGGGUGUUUCUUCCUAGAGUUUGACUCUCUUUCUCUCUCGCCUGAACUUCUUUUCUCAACCGAGAUCGACGGGUUUUCUCUCCUGCUCUUCAUCGCCUAAGCUUCUUCCUGGUUUCGGUUGGGUUUUCUUUCUCAUCAGCUGGGCUUCGCCGACUGGGUUUCUCUGCUCUUCAUCUGGGUUUUGUUUUCUACCGAUUGGGUUUCUCUGUUCAUCAUUUGGGUUUUGUUUCCUACCGAUUGGGUUUUCUCUGCUUCUAUCAGUUGGUUCCAUUUGGCUGGUUGGGGUUACGUUGGUGAGUUCGGUGUCCUUCUCUUCCAUCACUGUCAUGGACCAAACGGUGGUGGAAGGGUUGCUUAAUCUGCGACUCACUAAGGAAGAAGAAGAGGAAAUUUCAAUAAAGACAAGGUGUAAGUCCGAUCUGCUUGAAGAAUGCUCUCUUAGUCUCUUUGGUCGCCUCUUGACGGAUAGACACCAAAAUCAGAGGGCAUUGAAGAACACAAUGAGGGCGGCAUGGAAGAUGGGUUCGGACCUUCAAAUUGUGGAUGUGGGAAAUAAUAUUCUGCAGUUCAAAUUUGGGUCUGAGUAUCAAUUGAAAUGGGUAGAACAAAAUGGGCCUUGGAAUUUUGAUAAUAACCUGUUGUUGUUGAGUAGAUGGAGAAGAGGGCUUUCUGCUGCAAAUAUAAAGUUCACCCAUUCUCCCUUCUGGGUCCAAAUAUGGGGUCUCCCUUUUGAGCUCAUGUCAGAAGAGGUGGGUAGAGAGCUUGGUAACAGCAUUGGGAGAUUCAUUGAAAUGGAUAGGCGAGCAAGGCAGACUGAUCAGGCCAAAUUUAUGAGAAUCAGGGUUGAUCUUCAGCUGGACAAACCCUUGAGGAGAGGGGGCAAAGUGGCUAGUGUUGAAGGGGAAAAAUGUUGGGUAAGCUUCAGGUAUGAAAGACUCCCAGUUUUCUGUUUUCAGUGUGGUAAACUGGGACAUGAUGAGAAGCACUGUUUGGACCUCCCAGACCAACAAAACCCCAGACAAUAUGGUGAUUGGCUCCGGGCCCAAGGUAAUACAAGACUGGGAUGGGAGAAAUCCAAAUCAACCAGCAGUGGAGAACGUGAUGGAGGUAGUGAGGAUAGGAUUGAUGGAAAUACAGAUGCCACAAGAAAUUUCUCUGCUGGUUCAACUUUCAUUGGAGGUGAAGGUCACUCCGGUAGUGCAGACAAAAGGAAAAAUUCAAAUUCAAAAGAAGGGAGCACAGAGUUGCAUGACGUCAGAGGGAGUGAUGGGUUUCAGAGUGAAGCAGGUGAACCUACUAUUCUAGUGGGCCAGAGUGCUACAGGGAUGUCAGGGCCACAUGUGAUGGGUACUUUCCCCACUUUCGGCGCUCCACGUGAAUUUGGGGAAUUUAAGGGCUUAGAGGAUGCAAAUUCGCUCGUGGGCCAACAAGCCCAAUUAGCAAAGGAACAAAUGGAAGUGACUAGCCCAAUUAAGUUCAAGGCUGGGCUUAAUGAAGAAAAAGAUAAUAUGCCUGAGCCUACGGGAAAGGAGACAGUAAGGAAAACAAAGGCAGAGGCAAACUGGAAAAGAAUUGCUAGAGAGAAAGGAAAGAAAAAAAGCCCAGGCUCAGACGUCCAGCCUGUAAGCAUUGGUUCAAAGAGAAUGGGGAAAUUAGUUUUUGAAGGAGAAGAUAUUGAUGAUACGCAUAAGAGGCAGUGUAUGGAAAUAACUACAACUCAAAAUCAUUAUGAUGAGGGAUCGGCGGUGGCUGCAAGGCAGCACCGCCGGGAGCCAUGAAUCCCCUAAGUUGGAACUGCCGGGGACUUGGGAACCCCCGGUCAGUUCGAGCGUUGCACGAUUUGGUGCGACGAUGGAAUCCCAAAGUAGUAUUUCUUAUGGAGACAAAAGCUAAAGUUCGUCGAAUGGAGAGAAUAAAAUGCAGAAUUGGUCUUGCUAAUGGCCUCAUUGUUCCCUGCGUAGGCAGAAAAGGUGGUCUGGCUUUGCUUUGGGCUAGAGAGGUAGACUUGGAAAUAAAGAGCUACUCUCAGUACCAUGUAGAUGCAGUAAUUAAUGACAUGGAGCACAGUUUCAAAUGGAGACUAACGGGCUUCUACGGCCACCCGGAAACGCACAGAAGGUAUGAAUCUUGGCAUCUCCUUGCCUUUUUAAAUAAUCAAUUGCAUCUCCCAUGGUUAUGCUUAGGAGACUUUAAUGAGAUACUGUCUAAUACAGAAAAAUUAGGGGGUGCUAUUCGAUCUCAGCAACAAAUGGAUAGUUUUAGAAAAGUUGUAGAUUACUGUGCUUUCCAAGAAUUGAGUUACUGUGGUUCUGACUUUACAUGGUGUAAUAUGCAAGGGGGGGAAGACAGAAUAUACCUAAGAUUAGAUAGGGCCUUUGCCAACCUGGAAUGGGUAGAAAAAUUUAGGGAAAUGAAAGUUCAGCAUUUACCUGAUUCUACUUCUGAUCAUAGUGCCUUGCUGGUUUCGGCCCCUGUUUUUCACCGUCUAGCCCGGGCAAAACGGUUCCAUUUUGAAGCCAUGUGGACAAAGAAUGCAGACUGUAAAUCUAUUAUUGAAAACUCUUGGGGAAUGAACCUGGACCUUAGUACUCCGGAAGGGGUAAUGGCUAAUCUUAGUAAUUGUGCUGCGGAGCUGUCGAAGUGGAGCUCUAGUGUAUUUGGGCAAAUUCCAAAGAAGAUUCAAGAAAAAAGAAAUGAGCUGAAUUCUUUGACGCUCCAAGACAGAAAUGGGGCCUUUAGUUCUGAAAUUAGCCGGAUAAGGAGAGAAAUUAAUGAUCUCUUAGAUGAUGAAGAGAUUUAUUGGGGUCAAAGGGCUAAAGCACUUUGGCUUAAGGAGGGUGAUAAGAACACAAAGUUUUUUCAUGCUCAAGCCUCUGAAAGGCGUAAACAAAACACCAUAACGGGGAUAUGGGAUAGUCACGGCAAUUGGUGUAUUGAACGAGACAGUAUUGCCCAAGUUGCCAUUGAAUAUUUUGAGGAUAUAUAUAAGACGGUUUCCCCAACCAAGAUCCUGGAGGUUACUGCUGCCAUUCCUACAAGAGUGACUGGGGAGAUGAAUGAAAGCCUAAACAAGAACUUCACUAGUGAGGAGGUUGCCACCGCCCUCAAACAGAUGCAUCCCACAAAAGCUCCCGGCCCGGACGGCAAAGAGGGCUAUAUGGCUGCCAAACUCGAUAUGAGUAAGGCGUUUGAUAGAGUUGAGUGGGGCUUUAUUAAGGCGGUUAUGGAGAAACUAGGUUUCAGCUCCAAGUGGGUGGAUCUUGUUAUGAGGUGUAUCACCUCGGUAUCAUAUUCUGUUUUAAUAAACGGGGCUGCUUGUGGGAACAUUACCCCUUCUCGUGGGCUCAGACAAGGGGAUCCUCUCUCCCCAACUCUCUUCCUUAUAUGUACUGAAGGGCUUUCUGCUCUUAUUCAUGAGGCAGCCCGAAACCAUAGUUGGACAGGCAUUUCUAUAUGUAGGGGCUGUCCAAGAGUCACUCAUUUGUUAUUUGCGGAUGAUAGCAUCCUCUUCUGCAAAGCUAGUGUUGUGGAAUGUCAAGCUUUGAAGCAAAUACUCCAGAACUAUGAGGAAGCCUCGGGCCAGAAAAUUAAUACCGAGAAAUCCUCCAUUUUCUUUAGCCCCAAUACAUCUCAAGAAGUCAAGGAUGAGAUCUUUGCUACUCUUGGCCCUAUGCAAGACUCAAGACAUACGAGAUACUUGGGCCUCCCAUCCCUCAUUGGUAGAUCGAAGAGACAAAUCUUCUCUAUUCUCAAAGAGAGGAUUGGCCAAAAGUUAGCCGGGUGGAAGGGUAGACUUCUCUCUAUGGGGGGUAAAGAAAUCCUUAUAAAAGCAGUUGCCCAAGCCAUUCCCACAUACACUAUGGGGUGCUUCCUUCUUCCCCAAAGCCUAUGUGAAGAAAUUGAGAGUAUGAUGAGAAGUUUCUGGUGGGGCCAAAAGCAGCAAGAAACAAAGAUGUGCUGGGUGAGCUGGAAAACUAUGUGCAAACAGAAAGCAAGUGGUGGAAUGGGAUUCAGGGAUCUACAAGCUUUUAACAAAGCAAUGCUUGCUAAGCAAAUAUGGCGAAUUCUACAAAACCCAAGCUCUCUUGUGGCUAGGAUUCUCAAGUCAAGAUAUUUCCCUGCUGGAGAUAUCCUAAAUGCUAAGCUUGGCAACUCCCCAUCAUAUUCCUGGAGAAGCAUUCACAGCAGCCUUGACAUUAUUAGAGAGGGAACUCGUUGGAGAGUGGGUAACGGGAAACUCAUUCAUAUAUGGGAUGACAAAUGGAUGCCAAACCCGUCCACUUACAAGGUCAUUUCCCCUCCAAAUGUCAUCCCCGAAUUCCCAAUGGUCUCUUCUCUCAUAAACCCAAUGACAAAAUGGUGGAAUGUGGAUUUGGUUAGAGCAACCUUUCUCCCGUUCGAAGCAGAAACAAUCUUGAAGAUUCCUCUAAGCCGCACCCUUCCAGAAGACAAAAUUAUCUGGAUUGGAAAUAGGCGUGGAGAAUUCUCAGUCAAAAGUGCCUAUCAUGUAGCCCACGGCCUGAGGAGAGCAAAUGAUCAUGGUGAAAGUUCUAUCGGGGAUCCUUGUAAGCCUUUGUGGAAGCGGCUUUGGCACCUUCACUUGCCAACAAAAAUAAAGGUGUUUGCUUGGAGAGCUUGUGUCAAUGGUCUCCCUACGAUGGAAGCCAUCUCUAGAAGAGGGAUUUCUCAAGAUAUGGUCUGCCCUGUUUGUGGAAAUGAUGCUGAAUCUGUUGAUCAUGCUCUUCUUAGAUGUGUUUUCUCUUCCUUGGUCUGGGACUUUUGGCUUGAAAAUCCUCUGCACACUCAAGGAUUUAAAAAUUCCUUCCUUGACUCGGCUUUAUCUAUCCUCUCUCACUCAACUCUUCAAGAUUUGGAGAUCUUCUUUGCCACGGCUUGGGCCAUUUGGUCUAACAGAAAUAAUAUUCUGCAUAGGGAUGGUGGCCUUUCUCCUAGCCAAGUUUGGCAUAAAGCAAGAAAUGUAGUGGAAGAAUUUACAUGCUCUGCUAGUUGGGAUUUUGACUUUGUAAGACCUGCCUCUUCUAGAUGGAGCCCUCCUCCUCCUGGAGCUUUUAAAGUUAAUGUUGAUGGUGCUUCUUCAGAACAAGAAGGUUCUUCCAGUGUGGGUGUUGUUAUUAGAGACUCAAAUGGUCAAGUAGUGGCUGCUCUGUGCUUGCCGCUUCAGUCCUAUUUUUCUGCAGAGCUUUCGGAAGUCUUUGCUUUGGAGCAAGGUGUCCUUCUUGCUCAAGAGCUUCAGCUGCCUCGGAUUAUUGUUGAAUCUGAUGCUCUGACAGUCAUCCAAGCGGUUAAUGAUAAAGCUACAGGGAGCAUUUUCGGCCACCUCAUUCAGGGAAUUCAUCAAGUUUGUGAGUCUUUUGAAUCUUGCCAUUUCAAGUACUUGAGUAGAAGUUAUAAUUUAGUGGCCCAUGAGCUCGCACAGCAUGCUAGAAGAACUGGAAAUUGUCAAAUAUGGAAGGGCGUUGCCCCUCCCUUUAUUCUGUCUUUUCUGCAAUCUGAUAUGCCAUCUAAUAUGUGUAGCUAAUGUCCUUUGUCCUGCUCUGCAGGCUCUUUGUAUGUCUUCCUGGUUGGUUUAAUGAAUAUAUUUCCAUUUCAAAAA